AAAUUUCUUACUGCCCAGUUGGUAUCCAAAGCAAAAUCUCUCUUUCCCCUUUACUACCUUGCUGGGCUCUCAGCUGCAACUUUUCUUCUUCUUUUACAGCUCUCUUCUUUUCACAGAGAGCGAAACCUUUAUGUAUCAAUGGCUCUUUUGGCAAAUUGAUCUUUCUUUCUUUCUUGUCUUCCUUUCCCCCCCCCUCAUUUGAUCUCAUUUUUUGGGCCAUUAAAGAUUAGUUUUUUUGUUAAGAAUGAAGUCUUCAACUCGGCUUGACUCGGCCGUUUUUCAACUCACUCCAACUCGAACCAGGUGUGAUUUGAUUAUAUGUGUAAAUGGGAAGAUAGAGAAAGUAGCUUCUGGGUUGGUACAGCCAUUUCUUGACCACUUGAAAACUGCUCAAGAUCAAGUGGCCAAGGGGGGCUACUCAAUAAUUCUUGAGCCUGGAAGUGAUGCAACGUGGUUCACGAAAGGAACAGUUGAGAGAUUUGUUCGCUUCGUGAGUACACCAGAGGUGUUGGAACGGGUUUACUAUUUAGAAUCUGAGAUCUCGCAGAUCGAGAAGGGAAUUGCAAUUCAAAGCAACAAUGAUACGGGGUUGAGCUCAGUAGAAGAUCAUCAAGCAAAACCUGUAGAGCGCAUUGAAGGUAGCAAGCCUCUGACAGAUUCUAGUGAGGAAAAAGCCAUUGUCCUUUAUAAGCCUGGCUCAGAUCCACAUGAAGCAGAUGGGUCGACUGUGCAGGAAGGAAAUUCCAAGGUUCAGCUUAUGAAAGCUCUGGAGACACGAAAAACUUUGCUGCAGAAAGAGCAGGGCAUGGCCUUUGCACGUGCUGUGGCUGCUGGUUUUGACAUUGAUCACAUGGCACAUUUGAUAUCAUUUGCUGAAAGUUUUGGAGCCUUACGCUUGAUGGAUGCCUGUGUCAGAUUCAUGGAAUUAUGGAAAAGAAAGCAUGAAACUGGCCAGUGGGUUGAGAUUGAAGGAGCUGAAGCAAUGUCUAGCAGGUCUGACUUUUCUUCCAUGAAUGCGUCGGGCAUUGUUCUUUCUAAUACAAUAAACAAGCAGUGGCCUGAAACUCCUGAUAGUAAAAGGAAAGCUGGUGCUGACCCAAGUGCAGGUAUGAACUCAAAAUAUGAGCGGCCUCCAACAGAUCAACAACCAUCACCAGGCCAGCAGGAGUAUUUUCAAGGCCAGUUUCCACAUCCUAUGUUUCCUCCUUGGCCCAUUCAUUCUCCACCUGGAGCAGUGCCUGUCUUUCCAGGGUAUCCCAUGCAAGGCAUUCCUUACUACCAGAAUUAUCCAGGAAAUAGCCCAGUUUUUCAGCCACCAUAUUCAUCAGGGGAUGAUCCUAGAAUCAAUGCUGGUCAAAGAAUGAGUCACAGAAGGCAUUCAAUGGAUAGCAAUACUGAACCUGAAGCUUGGGAAGUGGAUGCUUUGAGAACAAGAUCUCAGGAUGAGACAGAAGAGAAGGAAACUUCAGGAGGUCGAGAACCUGGGAGGAAGGGAAGUCGUUCAGGUAAAAGACAAUCAGGUACAGUUGUUAUUCGGAACAUCAACUACAUUACUUCAAAGAGACAGGAGGCAUCUGGUAGUGAAUCUCAAUCAGCUUCUGGUUCUGAAAAUGACGAGGAAGAUGAAGUUUUAUUGAACACCACUCCGAAUUCCAAGCAUAGGAACUCUCUGAGAUCCUCAAAAAGGAAGGGAAGCCAUAAAAAAUCUGUGGAUAAACUGAACUCGUCAGAUGUGGCUAGAACAUCUUAUGGGAAGGAGGAUGAUGGUGAACACUGGAAAGCAUUUCAAAAUUAUUUGCUAAAAGAUGCUGAUGAAGCUGAACGUUCUGUUGAUCAAGGCAUGUUUGCAAUGGAAAAGAAUGUUCGAGCAAAAAGGCGACAAAAUACAAUGGGUGAUGAUCCCUUAGUUAUUGAUGGACGAGAUCCAGGUGAUAUUCAAGAAGGGGAUGUGACAGAUAUGCAGAAAAUUAGUGGAAACUGGACCCGCAUGACUAAUGCAUCAAAAGAUGAAUUGUUGAUAUCAAGAAAAAUGGGCGAGCCUAAUGAUGGUACAGGGUUUGUAAAUGGUCAAAUGGAUCUACAGUCUGUGGAUAUAGAUGGCAGGAGAGGUCGGUAUAGGAUGAAUGCAAAUGAUGAUUUUGUAAUUCAUGGACGAGAAAACAAGUCAGGUUAUAGAAGUUCAUCAUCAGAUCCACUAGCUAUUAAUGGUUUUGAGACUGCAAAAGGUGAUCUGGACAGGAGAUCAUCCAACAAUAUGGAUGACGAUUCAUAUGUAGUUUCACUACGGUCAACAUCACUAGAUCAAGUUGUAACUGAGGGAAGAAACAUUAUCGAUGUGGAUUCUGAGUUCCCAUCAACAGCUCAGAAGACAGAAAACUUAUCUAACAGGGUUGGAAGCCAAGUCAAAUAUGAACCAGAUGAUUUAAGUUUGAUGCCUGAACGUGGGACAGAAAAGGGAUCAAUCGGUUAUGAUCCUGCUUUAGAUUAUGAUAUGCAGGCCUCACUACAUAAGAAAAAUAAGGUGGUAACUGGGCAAGGCUCUACGAAGUCAGACAAGUACCGGAAACCAAAACUCAUUCCAGAUACUUCAGACAGGAAGAAGACGGUAGGACCAAUAAGGAAAGGAAAGCCUUCAAAGUUGAGUCCUUUGGAUGAAGCAAGAGCCCGUGCUGAGAAGCUAAGAGCAUUUAAAGCUGAUCUCCAGAAAAUGAAGAAAGAGAAGGAAGAAGAAGAGAUUAAACGACUGGAAGCUUUGAAGUUAGAGAGACAAAAGAGAAUUGCUGCUAGAGGCAGUUCCACUACUGCUCUGCCAGCAUUGCAGCAAACCAGAAAACAAUUGCCAACAAAACUUUCCCCAAGCUCUCACAGAGGAUCAAAAUUCAGUGAUUCAGAGCCUGGAUCCUUAUCACCUCUGCAAAGGUUCUCCAUCAAAAGUGUUUCCGCAGGAUCGGGUGAUUCUCGGAAAGUCUCUAGGUCCAGCAAAUUGAGCACUGGACCUAGCACAGCUGGAAAUAGAUUAACUCUGUCAUUAUCGUCAUUGUCUGAACCAAAGAAUGAGAAAAGUGGUGUAACAUCUGAUUCAAAGGCAUCGAUGGCCAGGAUUAGAAGAUUAUCAGAGCCAAAAGUAAGUAGCAGCAAUCAUGCUUCAAUUAAACCACGAAAAACUGGACCAGUACUGAAACCAAAAUUAUCCAGUGGGACUGAGAGCAAGAAAAUAUCUGCCAUCAUGAACCAUGAUAAAAGCAAGGCAGCAUCUCUUCCAGAACUGAAAACCAAAACCACUAAAGGGCAUGAUUUUGCCCCUGGCAAUUCAGCAGCAAAAGAAAUUCCACAGAAGAUGCACGAAAGCAAGGCCAUUGCAACUUCGGAGAGCAAUGAACUGAAACAGAAUGGAAACAAAAUUUCACAUCAUAGUGAUGAGGAUGACAACCCAAUAAUUGAGAAGACUGUUGUUGUGCUCGAGUGUGAGAAGCCCUCCAUUCCCUAUGUACACACAUCAGAGCACAAAAUAGAAGUACAAGAUGGAUACUCUAAUAACUAUAAAUUAGGGGAGAAAACAGAGACUGUGGUGGAUUAUGCUGCUAUUCGAGCACCAGUUUCACCACUUACCAUGGAUGGGAUUGGUAGAAAACACACUGAGCACCAGUUACCAAAGCACCCUGGGCUUCAUGAGGCUGCAUCUGUACAUGCAAGUCAUGCAGAGAAGGAAUCACCAAAGCUUACAAGCACCAUUGUUGAGAAGCCCUACCAUGCCCCUUAUGCUCGGGUCUCAUCUUUGGAAGAUCCAUGUACUGGAAAUUCCGAAUACGGCAAAGCACCUCCAUCAAGCGUAACGGAUUCAGCAGGCACAGAGACCAUUAAAGCUCACGUGUCUGGUUUAAAAAGCUUGAAACUAGAAGAGAUCCCUGAAGCAUUGGAGAAGCCUCAUACGAAGGAAUCAUCGAAAGGGUUUCGACGAUUGCUGAAGUUUGGAAGAAAGAGUCAUACUACAGGUGAACGUAAUGCAGAAAUAAAUCAUGUCAGUUUGAAUGGGUCCCAGACAGAUGAUAAUGCUGCCUCUUCCAGUGAAGUUCAUACAUUGAAGAAUCUUAUCUCUCAAGAUGAAACCCUCACUGCUGGCUCCAAUCAAAAGACUUCUCGUCACUUCUCAUUGCUAUCGCCCUUCCGAAGUAAGACAGGUGAAAAGAAGUUGACUACUUGAUAGCUGAUAUGUGGAUGUACCAAAGCAGAAAGCUGGUCUUGUUUUGCACGAUUUUUUUGUGCUUUGUUGAUUUUCAUGUCUUGUAAUUGAAAGAAAGGUAUGUUAGUUUCAUUACGCAUAUCGGUCAAUGUACAUUCACAUUCAAUUUCUAAAUUUCUUUUGAUUCAUUA